AUGUUCAAAAAAGUACAACAUAAAGAGGGUCAUUUGAAGUCUUCUUUAAUUGUUUGUCCGCGCACUCUUGUAGAUCAUUGGUGUAAAGAAUGGAGCUCAUUCUUUCCGUCUUCACAGAUUUCUAUUCAAAAAGUUGCCAAUUAUAGAGAAAGUAGUGAGGGACGUGAACGUAUUUUAGUUGUGUCUUACGAGGAAUUGCGCUCUAAUAAAGAGCUACGUGAAUAUUAUUGGCACUAUUUGGUACUUGAUGAGGGUCAUUGUAUUCGUAACCCAGCUAGUCAAUUAUUUGAGUCUGUUUGUGCCGUUAAAUGCUCUCAUCGUCUUAUAUUAUCUGGAACACCCGUGCAAAAUUCACCUGCCGAUCUUUGGGCAUUAUUUACAUUUUUAAUGCCUGGGUUUGUUUUUCAUUUUAUAUUUUAA